AUGAGCGAGAGCUCUCAGCUCGCUGUCUCCGAGGGCGUCUGGCUGGCUGCGUGCCCUGUUGGGAGGGUACCCGCGCUCCGCGCCUUUGCCAAGGCCCCUCGGCUCAAGCGACUCGCGCUGUUGGUCGCGGCCCACUUGUUGGGCGAUGAGGUCGGGGGCCUGCGCUGGCUUUUCCGAUUCCUGGCGCGAGAUGCCUGGUUGGUGGAGGAGUCAGUCUUCGCCUCGGCCUUGUUGGAGGCCGGCGAGGAGCUUCCAAAGGACUUUUCGAUGCUCUUCCGAUGCGCUGAUCUUUCAGGCAGGGGGGGUGCGGUUGCACAAGUGCAGGGCAUGUCUCUUCCAGAGGUUCCCUGCAGAUAUCCCGUGGCGUUAUGGCGUCUCACGCUGGUGCAUUUCAUGUCGCAGUACUCCGCUCAUGCGCACGUGCACGAGCGCGCACGCUUGAUGCAUCUUGACGCAGCCGCGUUGAUUUGA